AUGGCAAAGCUCACUGAUGAUGCCGACUACGAUGCCGGCAAAACGUCUAAGAAUGUACCAAGUCCACGGUUUGAUACUGGGAAUUGUGAUAACUACUAUGGCAGACGGCUUCGGACUAGGUGCGUUCUACUAAUUCUCCCGGACAACAAGACCAAGGCUCCGACCAGAGUGUCUUUGAAGACCACACUUGUCGGGUUGGCUGAGGGCAGCACUCGAGAGAUGUACCCAGACUGGCAUGGAAGAAGGACUCUAAAGCAGGAGGGCGCCAGCAGAGCAUGCCUAAAAAUUCGGUUGUCAGAGCGACGUGAUUUCGAUUCUACCCCACUUCAGACAACUGUCCCAAAUGGCCUUAACAAAGUCCCACUCAUAUUGAAACCCAAUUUCACUGUUGUUAAAGCUGUACGCCUGCUUUCACGCCGAGCGUCGGCCCAGUCAGACAUGCACAGAUAG